CCGGUGCUGGGAGGAGAGGACAAUCCCCUAAAGGAAAAGCAGGCCCCAAGACUUGCCAGGUUUGAGAAGGAGGGAUGCCCAGGAAAGGCACUGGCCCCUUGUUUUCUGUGCUGGGUGAUGACCUGACACUCAUGGGCAAAGGUCACUGCCGGACACCAGGAUCGGGUCUGUCGUGUCCAGAAGAAGCGGCUGUUCUGCCAUCCGCCUGCUCUUCUGCUGUUGGAGCACCCUGACUGUGCCAUCCCGCAGGCCAUGGAGAAUGAGCUGCCAGUCCCCCAUACAUCCAGCAGUGCCAGUGUCACCAGCAGUGCCAGCAGUGGCUGCAACAGUGGCAGCAGUGGUGGGAGUGGCCGCCCCACUGGGCCCCAGAUUUCUGUGUACAGUGGCAUUCCUGACCGGCAGACUGUGCAGGUGAUCCAGCAGGCCCUGCACAGGCAGCCCAGCACAGCAGCCCAGUACCUGCAGCAGAUGUAUGCUGCACAGCAGCAGCACCUCAUGCUGCAGACGGCGGCUCUCCAGCAGCAGCAUCUCAGCAGUGCCCAGCUCCAGAGCCUGGCGGCCGUGCAACAGGCAAGCCUGGUGGCCAACAGACAGGGAAGCACUUCUAGCAGCAACGUGUCUGCCCAGGCCCCAGCCCCGUCAUCCUCGAUCAAUCUGGCAGCCUCCCCAGCAGCAGCCCAGCUCAUCAACAGGGCACAGAGUGUCAACUCAGCGACAGCCUCGGGCAUCGCCCAGCAGGCUGUGCUCUUGGGCAACACGUCUUCUCCAGCCCUGACUGCAAGCCAGGCACAGAUGUAUCUAAGGGCACAGAUGCUCAUCUUCACGCCCACGGCCACCGUCGCUACUGUGCAGCCUGAGCUCGGCACUGGCUCCCCCGCCCGGCCCCCCACCCCCGCCCAGGUACAGAACUUGACCCUCCGAACACAGCAGACACCAACUGCAGCAGCCUCGGGCCCUACCCCCACUCAGCCUGUCCUGCCCAGCUUGGCCCUGAAACCCACGCCAGGUGGUAGCCAGCCUCUGCCUACCCCAUCACAGGGCAGAAACACCGCUCAGGGUUCCCCCGCAGGUGCCAAGCCUGGCAUAACUGACAGUGUGAUGGAGCCACUCAAGAAAGGAGAUGGUAACAGCAGUGUGCCAGGGAGCAUGGAAGGCCGGGCUGCGCUCAGCCGGAUGGUACCUGCUGUGGCCACCCACCCCCUCGUUGCUCCAGCCUAUGCUCAGCUGCAACCGCACCAGCUCCUCUCGCAGCCACCCUCAAAGCACCUGCAGCCCCAGUUCGUGCUCCAGCAGCAGCCACAGCAGCCAGCACCACCGCCACCACCACCACCGCCACAGCAGUCCCGGCCAGCGCUCCAAGCCCAGUCCCACCCCCAGCUCGCCUCGGUCCCUCCCAGCCUGACCCUGCAGCCCAGCCCCGAAGCCCACGCCAUGCCACUAGGCCCGGUUACACCUGCCCUGCCUCUCCAGUGCCCCACGGCCAAUCUGCACAAGGCUGGCAGCACUCAGCAGUGUCACCCUCCCACGCCAGACACUGGGCCCCACAAUGGAUACCCUGAGGGCCUGGCCCACACCCCUCAACGCAGGUUCCAACACGCUUCAGCUGUCAUCUUACAACUGCAGCCUGCUUCACCAGUGCCCCAGGAGUGUAACAUGGAUGACUGGAAGGAAGCAGUACCUGGAGAGAAGAGUGUGCCUGAGACUCGGUCUGGCCCAUCACCACAUCAACAGGCCAUCAUCACUGCCGUGCCUGGAGGCCUGCCUGUCCCCAAGAGCCCUAACAUCCAGCAGUCCCCAGCUCACGAGACAGGGCAGGGCAUUGUUCAUGCACUGACCGACCUCAGCAGCCCCGGCAUGACCUCAGGGAACGGAAACUCUGCCUCCAGCAUCACCGGCACUGCCCCCCAGAAUGGUGAGAAUAAACCACCACAGGCCAUUGUGAAACCCCAAAUCCUGACGCAUGUUAUCGAAGGGUUUGUGAUCCAGGAGGGGGCGGAGCCUUUCCCGGUGGGACGCUCGUCCCUGCUGGUGGGGAAUCUUAAGAAGAAAUAUGCACAAGGGUUCUUGCCUGAGAAACUUCCACAGCAGGAUCAUACCACCACCACUGACUCUGAGAUGGAGGAGCCCUAUCUGCAAGAAUCCAAAGAGGAGGGUAUUCCCCUCAAACUCAAGUGUGAGCUCUGUGGCCGGUUGGACUUUGCCUACAAAUUCAAGCGUUCUAAGCGUUUCUGUUCCAUGGCAUGUGCAAAGAGGUACAACGUGGGAUGCACCAAACGAGUGGGGCUUUUCUACCCAGAUGAGAGCAAGCUGCAGACGGCAGGAGUCCCAACCCACAACCGCCGUCGGGCCAGCAAAGCCAGUCUGCCCACACUUACAAAGGAUACUAAGAAGCAGCCAACAGGCAUUAUGCCGCUUUCAGUUACGGCUGCAUUGCAGCUGACACACAGCCAGGAGGACUCCAGCCGUUGCUCGGAUAACUCAAGCUAUGAGGAGCCCUUGUCACCCAUCUCGGCCAGCUCAUCCACCUCCCGCCGGCGACAAGGCCAGCGGGACCUGGAGUUCCCUGACAUGCACAUGCGGGACCUGGUGGGCAUGGGGCACCACUUCCUGCCAAGUGAGCCCACCAAAUGGAAUGUGGAAGACGUCUACGAAUUCAUCCGCUCCCUGCCAGGCUGCCAGGAGAUAGCAGAGGAGUUCCGUGCCCAGGAGAUCGACGGGCAAGCCCUGCUGCUGCUCAAGGAGGACCAUCUGAUGAGUGCUAUGAACAUCAAGCUGGGGCCUGCCCUGAAGAUCUACGCCCGCAUCAGCAUGCUCAAGGACUCCUAGGGCUGGCCAGCGCAGCUGGGGCUCUGGCCCGGGGCUCCUCCUCCCAACUGAGCAGAGCCAGACAGACAUUCCUGAGGGGCCCAGAAGUGGGGCCAGUCAGAGGGAAGGGCUCUCCCUAUGGGGCGUGGCUGGUGAGGAGGUCUUGGCACCCCCUCCAUGGCUCUCAGGGGCCUUUCUUUCUGUGGGAGGGGCAGAGAGGUAGGUGGCGCAGAAGAUGGGGCUUUAUGCUUGUAAAUAUUGAUAGCACUGGCUUCCUCCAAAGUCCCAAUACUCAGCCCCGCUCUCUUCCCCUCUUUCUGUCCCCCAUUUUCCAGGGGGUAUACGGUCAGGGCUCCCCAACCUGGGUUGGGCUAUUUUCAAGGGCAGCCGUCAGGCCAGAUAGAGGCCUUGCAAGCCCGUGCCUGCCUUCCUCCCACUCCUUUCUCUGGGCUUGGCUAACUCUUCCGUUGCCGGCUUCUCCCCCUUCAGCCCGUUUCUGAAGCAGCCAGGGGUUCUCCCCCUUCACCCUCCGCAGGUGGAGAGAGAGAAGCUGGGCCUGGUUUGGCCACGCCUGCUGGCACAGACGCCUUAACGCUGUGUGUGUGACUGGAUGACUGUGUAGGAGCCUGGACUGGCAGAUGGGCCCAGAGCCACCCUCUGGCAUCUCCAGGUGUUCUGUAGCAAACAGCCACUUAGUGCUUUGUCCUGGACUCCGCUCGGCCUCAGAAUGGGGAAUAGAAAAGAAGGGCAGCCUCCACGCAGAGAGGCAAGAUCAGAAAGCGGCGAAGAUCAGGAGGUUUUCCUUUCCAGAGUGGGCACGCUAUCUCCGAAGCCCUUCCCACACUGUGAAGCCCCCAACUGCCCUGUUGGGCCACAAACAGCAUUAAGGGAGCCACUGGAGGCCGGGCCAGGCCUCCUGGCCUGCCCACCCACCUGCCGUGGGGGCCCAGAGAACGUCCGAAGGCAGAGAAGAGCCCCCAGGGUGAUGUGGCCGUGAAGAAGGCAGACUUGGGCCUCCUGCCUCCACGCUUCUUUGCCUCUCGAACUUGCUAGCAAUUUGAACUACCUGCGGAGGAGGUAGGGCAGGAAGGGCGAGGGCCUGCCUCUGACUUGCCCUGUCCUUGGAGGCUCUGGGGGAAGAGCGGGGCUCUCCCUGGGAAGAGGGUGGGCUCCUUUCUCAGCUUGUUCUAUUCCCCACUCACACCCCCAGGCAGGGUUGGAAAUGAAGGACUUUUUUAACCUUUUGUUUUUGUUUUUUAAAAAUAAAUCUGUAAAAUCUG